UGUAAUGUAACAGUACUCUCUCUCUCUCUCUCUCUCUCUCUCUCUUGCUUUUGGCCCCUAUGCCUACCAUUGCCAGGGCCAUUCUCUCUCCACAAAUAUAAACGCAGCAACAAAUCUCAUCGUCUUCAACCAAAAACCCCUUAUAGCCUCUCUCCCCUCUCUCUCUUUCUCUGUUUCAAAUCUCUCCCUCAAUUUCUGAACGUCCAAUCUAACUUAAGUCAAUCUCCAUAUUCGUAUCAGAUUCACCUACAAACCAAUCCAAUCUGUUUGGAUCCAACGGAACUCUUUACUCUUUUUUUUUUUUUUUUUUAUCCUAAAAUUACAUAAUUAAUUUGUUUUAUCCAUUUUAAUUUCGAUUUCUCUGUAUCCGAUUCAAAUUCAUGUUUCAUCGUCGAUCGGAUUCGAUCCGUAUUGGUCCCUGAAUGCGUGGCUGAGGAAUGGGCACGGUUGGUGAAUGAAUUCUAUGAGAGCUUGAAAACAAAAUGCCCGGUUUAGCGCAGAGAAAUGACCAAUUCAGUAAUGGGUCAUCGCCGAUGUACUCGCUGUCUUCGGCUAAUGGGUUUUGGUCAAAGCACCGUGAUGAUGUUAGCUACAAUCAGCUCCAGAAGUUCUGGGGUGAGCUGUCACCACAUGCUCGACAGGAGCUUCUGAGGAUUGACAAACAAACCCUCUUUGAACAAGCUCGUAAGAACAUGUACUGCUCAAGAUGCAAUGGAUUACUGCUUGAGGGUUUCUUGCAGAUUGUCAUGUAUGGGAAGUCUUUACAACAAGAGGGAGCAGCUGGGAACCUAUCCUGUAACAGACCAGGGGCUGCAAGGAACCAAAAUGAUGGUGAAUUGGGUAGCACUAAUGGGUGUCAAGAUGAAAUUCAAGAUCCAUCUGUCCAUCCUUGGGGUGGUCUGACCACAACACGUGAUGGGUCACUGACACUAAUGGAUUGCUAUUUGUACUCAAAGUCUCUUAAAGGACUCCAAAAUGUAUUUGAUAGUGCACGUGCAAGAGAACGGGAACGUGAAUUGCUCUAUCCUGAUGCUUGUGGUGGGGGAGGUCGGGGCUGGAUAAGCCAAGGAAUGGCAAGUUAUGGCAGAGGUCAUGGAACAAGGGAAACAUGUGCACUGCACACUGCCAGACUUUCAUGUGACACUUUGGUUGAUUUCUGGUCUGCACUUGGAGAAGAAACCCGACAGUCUCUCUUGAGGAUGAAGGAAGAAGAUUUUAUUGAGAGGCUCAUGUACAGGUUUGACAGCAAGAGGUUUUGCAGAGACUGCAGAAGAAAUGUUAUUCGCGAGUUCAAGGAGCUGAAGGAACUGAAGCGGAUGAGGAAGGAACCUCGUUGCACUAGUUGGUUUUGUGUCGCAGAUACAGCCUUUCAGUAUGAGGUAUCUGAUGACACAGUCCAAGCUGAUUGGCGCCAAACUUUUGCUGAUACUGUUGGGACAUACCAUCAUUUUGAGUGGGCAGUUGGAACAGGCGAGGGAAAGUGUGAUAUUCUUGAAUUUGAGAACGUCGGCAUGAAUGGAAGUGUCAAGGUCAAUGGCCUAGAUCUUGGUGGUAUAAGUGCGUGCUUUAUCACGUUGAGGGCUUGGAAACUAGAUGGUCGUUGCACUGAGCUUUCAGUAAAAGCUCAUGCAUUAAAGGGUGGUCAAUGUGUGCAUUGCAGGCUUGUAGUAGGAGAUGGAUUUGUAACAAUCACAAGAGGAGAAAGUAUUAGAAGGUUUUUUGAGCAUGCUGAAGAAGCAGAGGAAGAAGAGGAUGAUGAUUCCAUGGACAAGGAUGGAAAUGAGCUUGAUGGAGAAUGCUCCCGUCCGCAAAAACAUGCGAAGAGUCCUGAACUUGCUCGAGAAUUUCUUCUAGAUGCUGCUACUGUUAUUUUCAAGGAACAGGUUGAGAAAGCAUUUAGAGAAGGAACAGCACGCCAAAAUGCACAUAGCAUCUUUGUUUGUCUUGCACUAAAGCUGUUGGAAGAACGAGUUCAUGUUGCAUGCAAAGAAAUUAUUACGUUAGAAAAGCAGAUGAAACUUCUUGAAGAGGAAGAAAAGGAAAAGCGUGAAGAAGAAGAACGCAAGGAGAGGAAAAGAAUGAAAGAAAGAGAGAAAAAACUCCGAAGAAAGGAAAGGUUAAAAGGGAAAGAAAAGGAUAGAGAUAGAAGCUCUUCUGAAGCUAAUGAAACUCCUGAUCUUCCUGAUACCUCAAAAGAAGAAUUAUCACUAAUGGUUGAUGAGGAACCAAAUAAUUCCGUUAGCUGUCAGGAUUCAAUUAGUGAAGCUGGUGAUAAUGUUCUAUCAAGGCCUGGAUCUCCUGAUGUACAAGAUGAACAAUUUUCAAAUGGUUAUAUUAUUUCAAGAGUACAAAACCCUUCCUAUGAUUGUUAUGAUGGGGAAAUUACUAAUGUGAAAGAUGGGAUUGGUUCUUUUACAGUUGAACAAUCAAAAUAUUCCCGCCGGAGAUCUAAAUUUCGGAAGGAAAUGCUAACAGAUCUGUCGUUAAAGUGGUCUGAUAGACGUCGUUUUACAGUUGGUCCAGAGAGUGGUGCUGUGCUUAACAGACCUGAGCCAAGAUGCUAUGGAGAUAGUUUUGAAACUCCUAGGACCAUCAGUUUAACAAACAGGCAAUUAAGAAUAAAUGCCACAAAGUCUAUCAAUCGACAUGGUGGUCCCAAGUUUAAUGAGAAGUUUCACUGUACCAGCAACAGGAUGAGUGAUAGGUAUGACUUCCAUUCUUGCAGCUGUAACCAAAACAUUGAGUAUAGAGCCAAGGUUGAGCCACACAUUUCUACAAUCAGAGUAGGUCGAGAGAAAUGUGUUAGCAAGUCAGAUUCUGCAUUGGAUAUGUCCAAGCAAUUCUAUCGUGGAAACAAAUACAAUCAAAUUGAUCACAUGCGUGAUAGUUGUGGAAGAUCCAAAAGCAAGGUUGUCUCUGCAAACAAUCCUUCUGGUAAUCAACCCAAGAAAGUUUGGGAGCCAAUGGAGUCACAUAAGAAGUAUCCUCGAAGUAAUUCUGACUCCAAUGUUACGUUAAAAUCAUCUGCUUUUAAGGUUGAAGGAACAGAACAAAGUAAUAACCUUAUCAAGUCAUCUGCUGAUAUAUGUUCAGGCGAAAGUAGAGUAAUCUCAGGAGAAAUGGAUGAGGAUAAUACUUUGAAGGAAUCAAGAAGCUCCAUCACAGAGAGUGAUAUAAGUUGUCAAAAUGGACUUCAUAUGGACGAACAAGACUCUUUCAGCUCAAAGGAAGCUGCUUUUGAGGAAAUUGGGCUACAUCCUGACUGUACUGCAAUGAAUUCUAUUAACUCUGAAAUAAAGGGGACUUCUGAUCCUAUUGCGGGUUGCACUUCUAGUUCUGAUAACUGCUCAUCAUGCUUAAGUGAGGGGGACAGCAUUACAGCCUCUUCUAAUCAUGGGAACCAAGAAUCCUCAUCCACUUCAGAUUCAGAAUAUUCUAGCCUGCAGUCUGAAGGAAAAGAUAAUUCAGUACGCAUUCAAAAUGGUUUCUCGGAGUGCCAUGAAGUCAGGAUGGAGAAAAAUCAAAAUGCUAAUGUUGGAGAGCCAGGGAGAAGCAGGACAUCUGUUGGUCUUUCACAGAAUGCAGCAGGAAGUAACAUUCUUGGGAAUCCACCCACAAAAGGUUCUCAUGGUUUUGACAAUGGAGUUUCUUCUGUUAGUAGUGGUUCUCAACAACAGAGCGUACUUUCUCCAAUGCAUAACCAAAACAUACACUUCCCUGUAUUUCAAGCUCAUUCAACAUUGGGUUACUAUCAUCAAAAUCCAGUUUCAUGGCCAGCGGCUCCAACCAACGGAUUGAUGCCCUUCCCCCAUCCCAACCACUAUUUGUAUGCUGGCCCUUUUGGGUAUGGUGUAAAUGGAAACUCACGCCUUUGCAUGCAGUACAGUCCUGUGCAGCAUUUAGCGACCCCUUUGUUUGCACCUGGCCCAGUUCCAAUUUAUCAGCCAAUUGCUAAAGCCAAUGGCAUAAAUUUGGAUGACAGAACUCAGACUUCUAAGCCAGGUACAGUGCAAGAACCCGCUAUUGCUGCUAAUUCGGAUUGCAUGGAUCCAAUUAGACCGCAUUCAACAGUAGCACAGAGCGGGGAAGCUGUGCAAAAUGAUGAUUUUGUAAAAUUGAAUGGAAAUAGUAGCUUUUCCUUGUUCCAUUCUGGUGGGCCUGUUGCUCUUUCAUCAGGGUGUGAAUCAAUCCCUGUGCCUUCAAAAGAAGAGAUUGUUGGAGAUUUUUCUUUUAGCUGUCCAACAGAUCAUAUUGAGAAUGAUCAAUCUUCUUGCAAUAAGAAAGAGACGACUGUUGAAGAAUACAACUUAUUUGCAGCAAGCAACGGUAUAAAGUUUUCACUCUUCGAAUACAAUAGUGAGAAGGUGUGAGGUGGCUGUUCAUAUAUUCAGUCCCUAUCUUCUUAUUUGGUUGUCGGAAGUUUGAGGUACUUUGGUAUUUGAUACACAAUAAUCUGCCUUUUAAAAAGAGAUCGAAUUUCAGGUUAUUUCUAAUUGAUUGUUGUCCAAUCUGUCUCAUUGUUUUUCCUUGUGUAGAGAGAGGUUGGUAGAGUGCUAUAAUGUUCGAAAAUUCUGUAUGAGGUCAAUUUUUUCCC